UCUUUUCUUUUUCAGUCCUGCUUAAGUAUAAACAAAGAAGAAAGUGAAUCUUGUUUGGAAAUUGAAGGACAAUUCGUGUAAUUCAUGAAUUCUAAUAUUGUGAUAGUAGCUCUAGCUGGACUCAAGCAAGAAUACAUAUAUAAAUAGCUAUUUAAGUAGUAGUCAAAAACACAUGCUACUAUUUUGCUCUAAGUUCUUUUUUCCAAAUAAAUUGAAGUGGUGGAGAAUAUGGCUCCAAAUUUCAUGCUAAUUCUUGCAGCUCUCUUGGUCCUUUCUCCAUUUUCCCAAGCCUAUGACAAUGAUCCUUUACAGGAUUUCUGUGUUGCUGUGCCUGAUGCUUCCGCGGCUGUUUUUGUAAACGGAAAAGUUUGUAAGAACCCGAAGCAGGUCACCCCAGAUGACUUUCUUGCGACGGGCUUCAAUGUUCCCGCAAAUUCCAGUUCCACAAUUUCAAUGGGAUUUCGGGUAAACGUAGCUGAUGUGAACCGGAUACCCGGUCUCAACACUCUUGGUCUAACCGUAGUUCGGGUCGACUUUGAACCAAACGGGGUUGUUCCUCCUCACACUCAUCCCCGAGCCUCAGAGAUCAUUGUCGUCUUAGAGGGGACGAUCUAUGCCGGUUUUGUCACUUCCAACCCGACCGAUGGCACGAAAAAUCGGCUAUUUGCAAAAGUUUUGAACCCCGGGGACGUAUUUGUCUUUCCAGCUGGGCUCGUACAUUUUCAAAUGAACGUUGGAAAAACCAAAGGGAUGGGCAUUGUGGCGUUCAAUAGCCAAAAUCCGGGUGUUAUUUCAGUGGCCAAUUCGGUUUUUGGAACAGAUCCUCUGAUUGAGGCUGAAGUCCUCACCAAAUCAUUUCAAUUGGAUAAGAAGACAAUUGAUUUUCUUCAGUCACGUAAAUGGAGUUAACUGAGACAAUAGUUACAAAUCGCAACAUGGAAUGAUGUAUCGAACAUCUCAUUUUGUGGUAUGUAUGUAUUGUGUACCAUAUUGCAUAUGAUAUGCAAAUAAUAAACAUAAACUUAAAGCAUCGUUCUAAUCAAUUUUUGCCAUUAUCUAUCUCUCCAUCGUUG